AUGAACUCAAACUACUCUGUUGCUGAAUUAAAUGAUUUAUUAUCAUUAAACACCCCAUUAUGCAAUGUUGUUGAAUCAAGAUGGCAAAGAAAACAAAGAGAAACUGUUGAUCGUUUCAUUCCAACCAACAAAAUGAACAUUGACAUCAGUCACUUCAAUCUUACUAAAGAAAAUUCAAACCCAAACGUUGAAUCAACUCUUUACAAAGAAGCUCUUGCCAGUCAAAUCUUUGACAAUGAAUUAGAAUCAAAAGUCCUCUCAUUCAAAUCAAAAGCCCCAAUCUCAAAUGUUUCAUCAGCUGCCAACUCAUUACGUGUCUUAUACAGCCAAAACCAAGUUUCACAACCAACUGAAGCUGCUCUUAAAAAAGCUUUCCGUCAAAUUCCAACCCAACCAGAACGUAUUUUAGAUGCCCCAGAUCUCGUUGAUGAUUACUAUUUAAACUUAUUAGAUUGGAGCUCACAAAACGUUAUUGCCAUCCCAUUAGGCCAAACCGUUUACCUUUGGAAUGCUACUACCUCUGAAAUCCAAAGAUUAUUCCAAGUCGAACAACAAGACGAUUACAUCACCUCACUCCAAUGGACCAAAGAUGGUAACUACUUAGCCGUUGGUACCAACAGCUGUGUCGUUCAAUUAUGGGAUGUUGAACACACCAAAAAAAUCCGUGAAUUACGUGGUCACUCUGGUCGUGUCGGUGCUCUCGCUUGGAACGAUUACAUUCUCUCAUCAGGUUCUGCUGAUACCAACAUCUUCAACCACGAUGUUCGUGUCCAAAACCACCACGUCUCAACUCUCUCAGGUCACUCACAAGAAGUCUGUGGUCUUAAAUGGUCACACGAUGGUACUCAAUUAGCCUCAGGUGGUAACGAUAACAUUGUUAACAUCUGGGAUAUCAACUCUGAAAACUUUGAAGUUCCAGCUCACACCUUCGAACAACACACUGCUGCCGUUCGUGCCUUAGCUUGGUGCCCAUUCCAACCAAAUCUCCUUGCUACUGGUGGUGGUGCUGCUGACCGUACCAUUCGUUUCUGGAACACCCAAACUGGUGCCUGUUUAAAUACCGUUGAUACCAUGUCACAAGUUUGCUCCAUCCAAUGGUCAACCACCUACAGAGAAUUAGUUUCAAGCCACGGUUAUUCACAAAACCAACUCUGUGUCUGGAAAUACCCAUCAAUGGUCAAAUGUGCUGAACUCACUGGUCACACCUCAAGAGCCCUCCACACUGCUAUCUCCCCAGAUGGUGAAACUAUUGUUUCAGCCUCUGCUGAUGAAACCCUUCGUUUCUGGAGAGUCUUUGAAAAAGAAAACAAACUUCCAACCGCCACCAAAGCCAAAGAAGUUUCAGAAGGUUCAAUGAUGAGAAAUAUGAACUCACUCAUCCGUUAA